UCAUUCAUACGGCCCGUAAUCGCGCACUCAGCGAGUUGUCACUGAAACGGAUGUUGUUAAGCAUUGUGGUCAAUACUCGUCCGCCAGUCGAAGGCGCAGCGCGUACGGAGAAGGCCGCCGCAAAACAAACCGAUGCUCGCCACCCGAAACCGGCGUGGCUCUCAGCAAACAACACUAUCGCGAACUCGUUACUACACGAUUAAUGAUAAAAACGAAAACAUUACCCGGAAGACGUGCAGUUACUGACAUCGGUCGCACCUCGGCAACGCUUCUCGCUUGUUGUGAUUCGCAUAAACAAUACAGUGACAUUACGUGUGUUAAUCAAAAUAGAUAAAGAUUGUGCGAUUACAUUUAUUUUGGGCAAAUUAAAUCACCUGCAGGCUAAUGUGGGAGUUUAUCAACAACGCCACGACGCUAUCGAGGCCUCGUGUUGGUUGUUGCUGUCAGUACUAGAUUAUAGCAAGUGGCAAUACAUCGUCACGUGGCUGACGGAAGAUGCCGGUAUUUGGCUACGAGAAUAUGUCUACUCAGGAUAUGGGUAUAAUGGGUUUCUCUGGAGCACCUCAAUUCAUGACACCCGCGCAGCAGUUCCACAGUUGGGACAAGCCCCCGACGACUUCUUACCCUGGAUAUUCACAAAGGAGCCCACAGGAAACGACGGACGUUCCGAUGCCACAGAGUGGAGAAGACAGUGACAUCCAACUGGAAACGAGUAGUAGUGAAGCCAGCGCAGGAAGUUCAGUGUCGCUGUCCCAACACUGCGCGAUAUGCGGGGACCGGGCGACCGGCAAGCACUAUGGUGCGUCGUCAUGCGACGGCUGCAAAGGAUUCUUCAGACGGAGCGUCAGAAAAAACCACCUAUACACCUGCAGAUUCAACAGAAAUUGUGUAGUAGAUAAGGACAAAAGAAAUCAAUGCAGAUAUUGUAGGCUAAGGAAAUGCUUCAAGGCCGGCAUGAAAAAAGAAG